CAUAUCUACACUACUGGUACUCUUCAGAGUACAUGUGAGUGCACUUUGACAUCGAGUCCGCAGCGCAUCCAAAGAUCACAUCCCAUUCACAAGACUUGUGGCCAAUUGUCUGCCGCUGCCAUCGGCUGCGGAAGAAUGAUCUGCCUUCGGCAGCCACAGACCGUGGUGAUCGUCGGCGGAGGACCGGCCGGCCUGUCGGCGGCCAUUCGGCUGAAACAGUUGGCCAACAAUAACCAGAAGGAGCUGAGAGUGACUUUGGUGGAGAAGGCCUCGCAAAUUGGUUUGCAUACGCUUUCGGGCGCCUGUAUUGAGACCAAAGCGUUGGACGAAUUGAUACCCGAUUGGAGGGACCGGUCGGCACCGAUCAACACACCGGUCACUAGCGAUGUGUUCCGCUUUCUCACGGAAAAGGCGUCCAUAAAGAUACCGGUAUUGCCGGGAAUGCCUGUCUAUAAUCACGGCAAUUAUGUCGUCCGUUUGGGACAAGUGGUCGAGUGGUUGGGCGCUCAGGCCGAGGAACUCGGUGUCGACAUAUACCCGGGUAUACCCGCGGCUGAGAUACUGUACGACGAGUCGGGAAACGUGUGCGGAAUCGCCACCAAUGAUGUCGGCAUCAAAAAGGACGGCUCGCCAAAGGACUCGUUCGAGAGGGGAAUGGAGUUGAGGGCCAAGUGUACGGUCUUCGCGGAGGGCUGUCACGGAUCGCUGGCCAAACAGCUGUACAAGAAGUUCAAUCUGCGCGACAAAUGCGAGCCCCAGUCGUACGGCAUCGGCCUGAAGGAGGUCUGGGAGACGGAUCCGGCUCUACAUAAACCGGGACGAGUGGAGCACACCGUCGGCUGGCCGUUGGAUAAGGACACGUACGGCGGCUCAUUCCUAUACCACCUGAACGAACCGCAACCCUUGAUUGCCGUCGGGUUUGUCAUUGGACUCGACUAUCAAAAUCCUUAUUUGAGUCCAUUUAAAGAGUUCCAGCGCUUUAAACUACACCCGACUGUCCGGCCGUACUUCGACUCACCGGCGGCCAAACGGAUCGCUUACGGCGCCCGAGCGCUCAAUGAGGGCGGCUUCCAGUCGAUACCGAAGCUGACAUUCCCGGGCGGGUGUCUGGUCGGCGAUAGUCCGGGCUUUUUGAAUAUGCCUAAAAUCAAGGGAACGCAUAACGCCAUGAAGUCGGCGAUGAUAGCGGCCGACACCGUCUACGAGGCGUUCGCCGCCGACAAACUCCACAUCGGAUACGAACCCAAAGAAUACGAACAAAACCUUCGGAACAGUUGGGUGUGGAAAGAGCUUAAAGCGGCCCGUAAUGUGCGGCCAUCCUUUCACACCAAAGCCGGUCUGUACGGCGGGUUGGCCUACACGGGCCUCUUCUACGUGGGCCUCAGAGGGCUGGAGCCGUGGACACUGAAACACGGGCCGCCCGAUCACACCAGUCUCAAGCCGGCCAAACAGUGCGCACCCAUUGAGUACCCGAAACCGGACGGAAAGGUGACGUUUGAUCUGUUGUCGUCGGUGGCGCUGACGGGCACUAACCACGAGGGCGACCAACCGGCGCAUCUCACGCUUAUGGACGAUAGCGUUCCGGUGGCCACCAAUUUGGCCGUUUAUGACGGACCCGAAGGCCGCUUCUGUCCGGCGGGUGUUUAUGAGUUCGUCGCCGACGAGACCAGCCCACCAGUCUUCGAAGUC